CAGUAAGUAUCUGGGAGUGACAACCUCUCCGCCUAUAUCCAGGAGGCGGGCCUUUCAUAGAUUCUCUUCCAGCAAACUAGGAAAUGAAACUGAAAAAGGUUUGCAAAUACCAGUUUCGGGAGAAUUGGCUUUGCGUGUUUGUGGGGUGGGGUGGGGUUGGCCAAGAGAUUGUGCAGAACGUUAAAGAUCGACCUCCCUGUUGCUGAGGGUGUCUGCCUGGCGAAAGAACCGGGGGGGGGGGGCGAAGCUGAGAGAGUGUGCUACCUGGGCCGACGCGAUGAAAGCUUUCACGGAGGCUCAGCCCUCCCUGAAGGAUGCACAGAGAACGGGCAGCUGUCUCCGGGAAGAUCCGAGCCAUCAGCAGGAGCUGAAACUUUACUGUAAAACCCACCGGCAGAUGCUCUCCGAGACUUGCAGAGCCCACAGGAACCACGAGGUGGUCCCUGUCCAAGAGGCAGCUGAGGAACUGAAGCAGGAACUGCUGCAAACUUUACUGUGUCCACUCCAGAACAAGAAGAGGGAAUGCAGUAUCUCAAAGAAGACCUACGAGAGAAGGUUAGCUUCCAUUAAGCAGCGAACAAACGAGGCAGAGCAGCACGUGAAGAAAGAGUUUGACAAACUUUACCAGUUUCUGCAGAAGGAGGAGAAGAUUGCCUUGCAGAAACUGAAGCAGGAAAAGAAGAAAAAGACCCUGUUGAUGAAAGGAAAGAUCGAGAAGAUAACCAAAGAAAUAGCAGUGCUGUCCGCCUCCAUUCAGGAGGUGCAGCAGUUACUGGGAGAAGAGGACCACGUGUGGUUUCUCAGAAGAUAUCCAGAGAUGGUGAAAAGCUGCAGAGUGAAGAGAUCUACCCCAGCUCCAGUGAAGACUGGUCCUGUUGUCAAUGUAGAGAAGGCCAUUGGAUCUCUGCAGUACCGAGUCUGGAAGAAGAUGUUGACAGUGAUUAGCACAGCUCCAGUGACCUUGGACCCUUGUACAGCUCACCCAUAUCUCCUCCUGUCCGAAGAGUUCACGAGUGUGAGGCACACCACGAAAAGACAGCAGUCACCCUCGGACUCCCCACAGAGAUUUGAUCCUUGCCUGUGUGUCCUGGGACGUGAGGGAUUCACAUCUGGGGAACAUCACUGGGAGGUGAUGGUGGGGCAAAAGACUGAGUGGGAUGUGGGUGUGGUCAGAGAAUCUAUCAGCAGGAAAGAGGCCAUUGACCUGAAUCCAGAUUCCGGAGGCUGGAUAGUCGCAUUGAGAAAUGGAUAUCAGUACAGAGCUGCUACCAAAACGUGGAAACACUUAGAUCUGAGGGAGAAACCAAGGAAGAUCCGAGUCUGUCUGGAUUAUGAGGGAGGGAAGGUGUCCUUUUAUAACUCAGAGAAUAAGACCCAUAUCUACACUUUCACUGCGACAUUCACUGAGAAACUCUACCCCUUCUUCAGUCCUGGUCGAAAUGAUGGUGGUAAAAAUGCUGAACCACUGAAAAUCUGUCCCCGUAGAGUAAUAAUCCGAGAGGAAUAGGAUUUUUGUUUGAAUCAAAGGGAAAUUUUGCAAAUGCUGGAAAUGGGAAAUAAAAGCAGAAACUGCAGUGGAUUAGGCAGCAUCUGUAGAGAGAGGAAUGACAUCAGUCUUCCAGAUACUGCAGUCAUUAAGUGUGCGAAUUUGACAACUUUACUCCGUAACGAUAGCUUCUGUUUUCUUUUGGCAUGUACACUUCCUGCACCUCCAUCUUUUGUUCCUGUUCUGGUCCUGUUACUAUCCCAUGUAGACUGGGCUCAUCAUUGUUUCCACCAUCUCCUGCCUCCCAUCCUUUCAUAGUAACUGAAAUAACUCCACAGCGGCCGGUCACCAUCACCCUUUAUUUACAUGUGGAGAGUCCUUGAACUGAUUCAGUUCCCUCCGAGCCAGCUCUCAGAGCAAACAGAACCUCGAACAUUUCUGUUUAUUUGUUUUUUUUCUCUUCUUCCUCAGAGGCAGCUCUCAAGUGAACAGAACAUUUGACACCUUGUUUAUUUUAAAAAAAUUUUUCUCUUUUUAUUCUAUUACACCCACACUACCGCCUAACUGUGGUGGUGUAUAUG